UCCCUAACAACCAUUAUCCAGAAGUUCCUGCUUCUUCUUCUUCUGUUACCUGUGCACGCACACAUCAAUUUACCAGGCGAUUUUGGGUAAGCUUACUUUCGGAUAUCAGAGAGCUUUUGAUAUACAUAGCCAGCUAGCAAUCAUGCCAGGGGGAGGAUUCUCAGGUCCGCCCGGCGGAGGCACCGAGUUCGAGGCGAAGAUCACGCCCAUCGUCAUCAUUUCCUGUAUUAUGGCCGCUACCGGAGGCCUCAUGUUUGGUUACGAUGUUGGUGUUUCCGGUGGUGUUACGUCCAUGCCCGGCUUCUUGAAAAAAUUUUUCCCGGUGGUUUAUCGAAAGACACUGGAUCCAGAUAUCAACAGCAAUUACUGCAAAUACGAUAACCAAGGCCUUCAGCUGUUCACAUCAUCGCUGUACCUGGCCGGUUUAACCUCGACCUUCUUCGCGUCCUACACAACCAGAAGGCUUGGCCGAAGGCUAACCAUGUUGAUUGCUGGGGUUUUCUUCAUUAUUGGGACCGUCUUUAACGCUGCGGCUCAAGACCUUGCCAUGCUCAUUAUUGGUAGGAUUAUGCUUGGCUGUGGAGUUGGUUUUGCUAAUCAGGCAGUGCCAUUGUUCCUUUCGGAGAUAGCACCCACAAGGAUACGUGGAGGUUUGAAUAUUUUGUUUCAACUUAACGUCACCAUUGGCAUUCUCUUUGCCAACCUCGUCAAUUACGGCACGGCUAAAAUCGACGGGGGAUGGGGUUGGAGGAUAUCGUUGGGUUUGGCUGGAAUUCCUGCUGGUCUACUAACCUUGGGGGCUCUUCUUGUCGUGGAUACUCCUAACAGUCUAAUUGAGCGUGGUCGCUUGGACGAAGGAAAAGCUGUGCUUAGAAAGAUUCGGGGCACUGACAAUAUUGAGCCUGAGUUCUUGGAGCUUGUCGAGGCAAGUCGUGUGGCUAAAGAAGUGAAGCACCCCUUCAGGAAUCUCCUUAAGCGGAGGAAUAGGCCCCAACUUGUCAUUGCAGUAGCUUUACAGAUCUUCCAACAAUUCACUGGCAUCAACGCAAUCAUGUUUUAUGCUCCAGUCCUAUUCAACACCCUGGGAUUUGGCAGUGAUGCUGCCCUCUACUCGGCUGUCAUAACAGGAGCUGUUAAUGUUCUCUCCACUCUUGUAUCCGUCUACUCAGUGGACAAAGUUGGCCGUCGCAUGCUCUUGUUAGAGGCUGGUGUUCAGAUGUUCCUGUCCCAAGUGGUGAUAGCAAUCAUUCUAGGAAUUAAGGUUAAGGAUCACUCUGAUGACCUCGAAAAAGGUAUUGCAGUCCUCGUGGUUAUCCUGAUUUGCACUUUUGUAUCGGCUUUUGCAUGGUCUUGGGGACCUCUAGGGUGGCUGAUCCCAAGUGAGACAUUUCCACUGGAGACUCGCUCUGCAGGGCAGAGUGUGACUGUCUGUGUCAACUUGCUUUUCACUUUUGUCAUAGCACAGGCCUUCCUCUCAAUGCUCUGCCAUUUCAAGUAUGGCAUCUUCUUGUUCUUCUCCGGCUGGGUUCUUAUCAUGUCAUUCUUCGUGCUGUUUCUUCUCCCGGAGACAAAGAAUAUCCCCAUUGAAGAGAUGACUGAGAGAGUGUGGAAGAGGCACUGGUUUUGGAAGAGAUUUAUGGAUUACCAUGAAGAUGGAGGAGCUAUUACUAAUGGUGACAAAAAAAUUGGUCAUGAUAAUGGAUUUGAUCCUUCUUCUCAGCUGUAAACAACACUGAAGUGUACUUGGAAUUACUUGGGAAACUUGCCAUGCAAGAACAUCGACUCUGGAUACUAAAUAGGCAGAAAGUUAUUACCAGUGUGAAGGUUCAUUAGUUUCUUUAUUUAUUUUGAUGUCUUUAUGCUUAUAGUUUUGGGUUCAUUGGGAAGGCCAUGAUUGAAGAUGCUUUAAGAGAGUGUUUAUAUCUUUGUUGUAUAGCACCCCAGGCGUGCGAAUUCUAAUUAAUUACCACUGAACGUGGUGAAUUAUUGGCCAACAACUCAUAUAUAAACAAAAAUUUUAAUGUAA